UUUUUUCUUUCACAUGAAAGAAUUGUGGUCUUGGAGGUAUUAACAGGUAUUGGGGAUCAUGUAAAGCCUAAAUCAUUCUUUAGCUGUUUGAUCCCUCCACUGCUUACUUUUGGCCACAGGCCCUGGAUGUUCAUCCUUUGUCCUGCAGCAGUCACUGCUGACAUGGAGACAGGCUGGUAACCUUCUAGCUCAGGGAUCAGUAAAUGUCACCACAACUCUGAACUUUGUGUCUACCCCUGUACAACAGCACCUUGAAGAAGAGGGAGAUACAGGAGGUGGUGAAAUCAGACAGCCAUUUAGGUACUAGGGAAAUAAGAUAUGCAUUUGUGAAAUGACUGGAAAAUAAUCCAAAGAAGAAUCUGAUUAAUAUUGGAGUCCUCAAAGACCAUUUUUUCUGUAACUUGGCAGUGAAGUUUGGCGAGUGAGAUAUCUCCAAAUUAAGUUAUUUUGCAGAUGUUAAGAUUUUGGGUGGAUUUGAAUGAAAGUUAGUGGUGUAAUACUAGGGGUCAAUGUUGAUUAAAUCUAGCACCAGCAUUCAGAACUUGGGAAUAUGAGCAUGACAGGAAGCAUUUUUAUGUAACAUAAGUUCCUGAGUAUUUACUGAAAUUUGCUUAUGUGAAUUGCUCCAGGUAACAGAUAUAUUAAGAUAUCUGACCUGGUCUGAUCUUCUAGUCCAAUGCAUUUUCCACUGGACCAAGUUGUCUUGCCUCUUCUAUAUUUGGAGAUCUUGCAGAAAUACUGACUAAACUGAAAAUUAUUUCUGAAUGUUUUCUGAGAACUAUGAGGAAAGAGUGAUGGCGAUUAUGGUUUUUGUGGGACCUUAUAUCUUGAGCUUCCAACCCCCAUAUCGUUGAAUUUAACCUGUCUUUUUAUUUUUUUUCCAGUAGUCCUUUGCUCUUCUAAGUGAGAUGAUCACCAUGAUUCUUCUCAAUAAUUCUUACCUCUUCCCACAUAGUUUCUUCUUGGCUGGCAUUCCAGGAUUGACUGCUGUCCAUAUUUGGAUCUCACUUCCCUUUUGCUUCAUGUUCCUCCUGGCAGUGACUGGGAAUGGUGUUCUGCUUUUUCUUAUUCGAACAGAACGUUGCCUUCACCAGCCCAUGUUUUUCUUUCUUGCCAUGCUCUCCUUUGUUGACCUGGUUCUCUCCCUCUCCACUUUGCCCAAGAUGCUGGCUAUUUUCUGGUUUGGUGCUACAGCCAUUAGCUUCCACUCCUGUCUUUCCCAGAUGUUCUUCAUCCAUGCAUUUUCUGCCAUGGAGUCAGGAGUGCUGGUGGCCAUGGCCCUGGACCGCUUUGUGGCUAUCUGUAACCCACUGCGUUAUGCAACCAUUCUUACCCCAGUUGUUGUGGCCAAGAUUGGAGGCCUGGUGGUACUGCGAGGUGUGGUGUUGACCAUCUCCUUUCCAAGCCUGGCCCAUCGGCUGCCCUACUGUGGCUCCCACACUAUUGCCUAUACCUACUGUGAGCACAUGGCAGUGGUGAAGCUGGCCUGUGGGGCCACCACCGUGGAUAACCUCUAUGCCUUUGCUGUGGCAAUCUUUCUUGGUGUGGGGGAUGUAUCCUUUAUUGCCUACACCUAUUGGCAGAUUGUGAAGACUGUAACUCAUUUUCCUUCAUCUGAGGCACGUGCUAAAGCAGGUAGCACAUGUACAGCUCAUGUCUGUGUCAUCCUUUUUUUUUAUGGACCAGGCUUUCUUUCUGUGGUCAUUCAGCGCUUUGGCCCACCCACAGCCUCUGCUGCCAAGGUCAUCUUUGCCAAUCUCUACUUGCUUUUCCCCCCUGCACUUGACCCCAUUGUGUAUGGGGUCAAGACCAAGCAGAUAAGGGAGCAACUGUUUAAAAUUCUAACCCCCAAGGGAAUUGAUCCCACAUGAGUGUACUUCUCAUGAUAUAGACCUCAGGUGCCAGGGUGACCACACCCUGUGGGGUGGGAGACCCACAGCACAGGUUAUUUGCCUAGUGGGGACAGUGAAGAGAAGCAAAUAAAGUUGUCCUGAGUGUUCAGAAGUUGGGAAAUCUCUUCUGAGGCAUAUGCUGUUUAGAUAUUGUGACACAAAACUGAGAGGGACUGAAGUAUCUUAAUUGAUCAAUGAAUGACUAAUUUUUUAAUACUCUUUUCCCUAAAAGCUUAUGAUUUACUUGUGUUGACAAGAGAAAUGCUCUAUGAGGUUAAGAAACAAUUAGAACUUUGAUGAACAUAAACCAAGUGACUUAAGAGUUCAGGGAGAAAUGAAUUGGAUACACAUUUUAAACAUAUGAAAACAUGGGACACUUCCUACCACCAUGACACUGAUAUACAACAUGUUUGUGGGAGCAGAGAGGCUCUCUCAUAAAAACAAAUUUGGCAUCACAGAAACAGGGUUCGAAAACUAUGGAGAUACUUUAGAGUUCUCAGCUUAUGAGAGAAACACCUGAUAUAUUCGUGCUCCAUCUCACUCCAGAAUUGCAGCUAAAGCUUGAGUUAUUUAUUCCAUAUACUUUUUCAGCUUUUUUUUUGAGAUGGAUGACCUUCUAUGACUCCUUUAGUACUGUGUAGUUUUAUGCUCUGAGAAUCAUAAAACUUCUUUUAUUUCUCCACUUUUAGUCUCAGGUACAGAGACUUGAGUUAAAGUUUAAUGCACGUACAAUUAUUGUUUUAACUCUUGCUUGCUCUUUUUUGUCUUCAUUCCUUAUGCUUUUGCCCAUUUUCUUUUUGUUCUUACCAUGACACUUACUUUAGUAUGUUUAUUUUUAAGUAUUUACAUGUUCUGGUAAUAUAUAUAGUAUUGAUUGACUGUUAUGUAUCCCUAAUAUAUAUAAACACCCUUCUUUAGUUCCUUAAAUGUCCCUGCAUCUUCCAGCCAUGGUAGUCUGUGUUCUCUCUGAUGUGAAUACCUAUUUCUAUCUUUAUCCUCUGUGUGCCUACUUAUUUUGAACUUGAGUUCAAAUUUCACCUCCCUGAAGAUUUAUAUAACUAGAUCAGUCAUUGUUAUCUGAACUGAGAGCUCUGUGUACAUUUAUUUUAUUAUUCAUCACAAUUUAUAAUUAUAUAUAAUGAUUGGUUGAAUGAUCUCUGUCUUCCAUUUGUACUAAAUGGUGAGUUGUAUUGUGUUGUUAACCUGCUACCUGAUAGGCACUCAAUAGAUUCAUGUUCAAUAAAUAAAUCUCAUUAUUUAAUGAACUGUCAUUCUAGUACAUUGCCUCAUCAGUUACACUGACAUAUGUGUGUUUUGAAUAAAUGAAUACAUACAUUUCCAAAGUGUAACACAGUAGGCACUCCAUAAAUUUGUAUUGGAAAAUUGAAAUAAUUUGUCACAAAAUUACUGUUGCAAUUACAAUCACUGUUAACACUCUUGUCUUCACUGCUGUCACCAUGACUAACACCCCUUUAGUUUAGUCUUUUCAAAUGGUAUAAUCUCAACUGGUGGUAUUUGGGACACUGCAGGUUCACUAGAGGUCAUAGUUAUUCUUACAAUGCAGAUUCACUGCUUUGUGUAAGCACAGAACAAAGACAAAACUAAUAUUUGCCUUCCUCUCCCCAUCAUUUGCUCAUCUUUUCUUUGUAUUUUCUUCCUUAUCCUGAGUAUUUAUCAGGCUCUCAGUAUCAAGAUGAUGAUCUUGAAAAUUUAGAAAUUAUGUUAAAAUGUGAUAGUGUUCUGAUAGAGAUUGGUUUCAAGCCCUAGAGGACUAAUUCUCAAUAGGAGAUAAUGAGCAGUAAUGAGACGUGGGCACAGUUGGGUUGAAGUGAUAUUAUAAAUGAUCAGGGCUUAGAAGACAAAUGGCCUGGGUUAUUGGGUGGGUAAGAGAAGGGUCACGGCUAAACUUUUGGUCUUUAGUGGGAAUCUGCCUCAAUCUUUCCCAAGCAGCUCCUGCUCUAUAUCAUAUUCAAUGAUCCUCUUUUCCUCUGUGAAAUAUUAAUCUUUAAUACUAGUAGUAAGAAAUUAGCUCUUCAAAGAAAGGGAAAAAGUAGACACCCCCACCAACUUUUGUCUGUGCUUCAUGGGUUGAAGUGGCAGAAAGAUCUGCAGGAGAUGGGGAGCAGUGACAGGACUGCAGAGGAAAAUUCUUCAGUGGAUGUAGGAUGAGUGAUUAGCACCAACGGGCUGAGAGAUGUCUAGGUUCUUUUGGCCAAACUAACGUUGAACAAUCUUAGUCUGAAUAUGCAUUAACCGUUGAUAACAUGAGUUGUUUCUGCGGUUCAGCUCUUACUCCAUGGUACCGUGAGCCCUUGAACACAGAGUACUGCAAU